UAUCGAUUCGAAACGAACGACUCGCGUACCCGAUGUUUUAUUUAUUUUUAUUCACUCGUUCUCUUGGUUGGUUCUGUGGCUGGUGACUGCUCACUCUCAAAUGAGGCGUAUCCGUUAAAAUUAUUAAUAAUUGUUUGUUUUGGUUUAAACGUGGUAUUGUAUUUUGAUAUUUUGGCAAUUCGCAGAUAAGUUGAGCUGGUAUCAAAUGGAACUUGUAACUCGUUCAGGCCAAUAGAGAAAGUUUUAUGAUCGAUCCGAGUCGCCAUUCCAACUUGUUAAUCAUAUCAUCGUUACUACCCUUUGGGUAGGAAGACGAUGCACCGUGGUGGACUUCGUGGCUCGUACGAUGGAGGUAAAAUCGCUGGUUUAUACGAUCUGGAAGAGACAUUGGGUAGAGGACAUUUCGCCGUCGUGAAAUUAGCUCGUCAUGUAUUCACCGGAGAAAAAGUAGCCGUCAAAGUUAUCGAUAAGACUAAACUAGAUGAAGUUUCAAGAGCUCAUCUGUUUCAAGAAGUGAGAUGUAUGAAAUUAGUUCAGCACCCGAAUGUGGUCCGUUUAUACGAGGUUAUAGAUACUCACAGUAAGCUAUACCUUAUACUGGAGCUGGCCGAUGGAGGUGAUUUGUACGAUUACAUCAUGAGACACGAAGCAGGAUUAUCCGAACUAGUAGCUCAGGAAUAUUUCGCCCAAAUAGUUCGAGCUAUUUCGUAUUGUCAUCGAUUACACGUCGUUCAUCGUGAUCUGAAACCCGAAAACGUUGUUUUCUUCGAAAGAAUAGGUGUUGUCAAAUUGACCGACUUUGGAUUCAGUAAUAAAUUCUGUCCUGGUCAGAAACUAGAAACUUCGUGUGGUUCUUUAGCAUAUUCAGCUCCUGAAAUCCUUCUCGGUGAUUCGUACGACGCUCCAGCAGUUGAUAUUUGGUCGCUGGGUGUGAUACUGUACAUGUUAGUUUGCGGACAAGCGCCUUUCCAAGAAGCAAACGAUAGUGAGACUUUAACUAUGAUAAUGGAUUGUAAAUAUACUAUUCCUAAUCAUAUAUCAGAAGACUGUAAACGAUUGAUCGCGAGGAUGUUGGUUAGACAACCUGAGAAGAGAGCUACGUUAGAAGAAAUAGCGAAUGAUCCGUGGCUCAAGAAUACUCAUUCGGAUAAUACAGCGAUGCCGUUGAUUAGUAGACAAAAUAUUAGCGAAGAAGAUCACACGAUUAUUGUACAGAAAAUGGUCAAUGGUGGUAUUGCGGCCAAGGAACAAAUUUUAGAUGCGUUGGAUAAGAAUGCAUACAAUCACAUAACGGCGACGUAUUAUCUGCUAGCAGAACGUAAAUUACGUUCUUUGGAGCCGAAAAAUAAAUUUGCCGGCAAGCAAAUACCUCGAGUCAGCGUCGAUUCGUGUGAAAAUGAAGGCGCCACUUCUCCAACUUAUCAAAACAAUCACACAUUAUUGGGGAUGCCACGUCCUGCAUUGGAUAUUGCGCAGCGCACUCGUAAAUGCAGCAUCGUAACCGAAGAAGAAGACGAAGACGACGACGACGCCAACAGCGACAGCUCGCUGCACAGUUCGUUAAACCGACGCGGAUCUCGAUCCGAAGGUAAACUCAACCUAGCCGUGCAAGAGCUGCGUAAAGAAUCCAUGUCCGGCGGUGCUGCCAACAUGCUAGCCGAAUCGAACGGUUCGGCAGGAGCUCCGGUAUCUUCGCCUCGACCAUCGUCUAAAAUGCUGCCAGCUCCUCUGGUAUCAGCUCGCAGUUCACCUCAGCUCGGUCUAGAUGAAAUCUCCGAAGACGGCUGCAGUACCGUACGUUCGGGAUCGUCGACACCUCGUAACUUCCUCAGUUUCGAACAACGUCGCAGUCGUUUUCGUAAAUCGCGCACAGCCUCGUGCAGUUCAUCCGAGGCUAGCGACGAAGACAGCGAAGGACGUAAGAAACGAGGUAGUACGAAAUCAUUACACAGAGGUAGAGAUCCCAGAGACCCGGGCGGUAACGGAGGCUCAGCUGGUGGUAACUCUUCGCAAGGCACUCAAGAACCGAGCAACGAACACGAUCACAGCGAACCUUCCGGAGGUACGGAUAACACUCAAGAUAGUAAAUUCGAAACGUCCGGAAAUACAGGACGAAGGCAUUGCUUGACCGGACGUCAUAGACGUCGAGUUGAGACACGACUUCGCGAAAGCCAGUCGUUAAACAGAAUCACCGAAGUGCAAGAAUCAGAAGCAGCCCAAUGCACUCCGGUGGUUUUACCCGCUGUGUCAGCUUGUUCUGCUACUGCUGCAGGUCAGACUAACGCUACUGCCAGCGGAACAGCUACGGAUACUAGACCUACAUCAGCCGGUACUACAGGUUCGGCGAAAUCUAGCGAUAAAACCGCACCGGUUGGUAAACAGAAAGAGCGCAGUAAACGUAACGCUCUUAUUGGUAAAUGUCUAAAUUUACAGAAGAAACUCUGUAUGCCUUUGCUGAAACGUGGAGGUCGUCUUUAUAAAGCGCAAUCUUGUUCCGAAGUUCGAAACGCUAAAGAUAUUAAUCAGAAUUUAAAAUCUACUUUGAAAAUAACUAAUUAGAAUAUUCGAUAUUCCAAUAUUCGUGCCGUUUACUCUUUCUCUCCUUCGUUUUCGUUUGUUUCCCCCCAUUUUUGUUUCUAUUUUAUUUCGUUAUUAAUUAUUUUUUUUCUCUUGUUUUUUGUUAAAUUUUUAAUACGGUUAUGUUGUUUUUAAUCGCGACAAGACUCAUGUUUAUUUUUCUGUUUAAUUUUUUCCCCCUUUUUGUAAGUUCAUAUCUACAUGAUGAGAGCGACUUAUUAUAGACGCGUGCCCUCUUAAUUUAUGGUAUUUCUAGUCGAUUAUCAUUGUGAAAUCAGCGUACUUACAUAGUUCGAAAUGGUGAUAGAGAAAAAAAAGCUUUUAUAGCGUCGCUUCGUACUUAUACAUAUUCGCGUAUUAGCCAAUCUAAUCGACUCUUUACUUUCAAAGCUUGUACACCGAAGGUGGCUUUUACGUAGAUAUUAUUCUUGUACAAUUAUCGCAAAUACCAUAGAUAAUCCUCGUUAUAUAACUUAGAAACGUUUCUUGAAAUGUUAGCAACUUUCUGUAUUGUUUGUUUCUUGGUAAGUUUGUGUUCUUUUUUUUUUCCUUUUUUUUUUAAUCGUUUAAAUUAUUGUUACCGGUGUUUUGUAUUUUAUACGUUUAAGGUAUUAUCCGAUCGAUGGAUUUUGUUGUAGCUCGUUACUCGUACGACUGAAGGAGAAGUAGAGCUCUCAUUUUUCUGUCUUCUGUGCACGAAUGUUCUGGCUAAAUUGAUUGGUUUGGAUCGAGGAACGUUGUUGCUUCGAGUUAGAAGAACCGUUGACCGGUAUCGUUUCGUAGAUUCGUUAGUAACAGUGUUUUAUUAUGAUUUAGAUUGUUGUAGAGGUAAAGUGAGAAGCAUUUAGCUUUCUGUGUUCGAAAAAAAGAUGAAAAAGACGUUCGAUUCAAACUGGAAGUUGAUUGAAAUGGUGAAAAGCUGAAGCGAACAUCGUAGAUUCGAUCGUAUCAGUUAGUUCGUUCGAAGCCUGAUCAGAAGAGUUUGAGUAUUUUGAAAUUUACAUAUCUUUUCUUGAUUUGUGUUCAAUGUUUUUAUGAUGUUUUACUGAUGAUGAAUUCAUCAGUCUUUUCAAACUGGUUUUUCAGAAUGUUCGUAGUAAGCAACGAUCGUUUUAUUCGUGCACCGAAGGAGUAAUUUCAGUGAUAUACUCGUACUUGGUACUCUUGUUAAGAAAAUAACUCUUGUACAAAAACAAGCAAUUGGUUUAAAAAUAUGUAAUUAGAUGUAGAGCACUGUUUAUUGUAAAAAAGAAGCAAUCGCGUGACGUAAAGUUAUAGUAUCUAAAUUGUGUACAGAAAAGAAAAUAUGGUACGUUAUCUUUUUAGCUUAAUGAACGUACCAUUAUUCUGGACCCUUGCCGGUAUUUCAUACGCGUUAUACUUAUUUUAGUUGUACUUAUUAUCUGUUAUCUAUACAUAAAGGCUAGCCUAAAUCUAAACCAAAGAAUUGUUCUAUAGUUCUGGUUAACAAGUUAAUUAAUUAAUCGGAUGCUGGUUUUGAUAGCCGGCUUAGUUCAGCGUUAGCUUCGAUGAGCAGCAGCUGAGAGUAUAGUAAAUGCAAAAUACCGUAAACUAGUCAUUGAAUUAGAAUACUCGUGGGUAGAAAAUGACCUAAACGCGAUGCUUUCGUAUUUCUUAUACUUUAUAGUUUACAGGAGAGAUGAAGUUCUAGUCUUCCAAAUUUUAUUUAUUUAUCAUUUUUUUUUUUUCUUCUAAACGAUGAAGAUGGUUGUAACAGUUUUAAGUUUGUAAAAAGAAAUUUAUAACGGAGAAUUUUUUUUAUCGCAACGGAUAUACGAUGAUUGUAGAUUACCUACGUUGUGGAGGAUAGAAAAAGAUGACUCGUAGGAUCUUUUUCUGUUUCCUAUUCCCAGUGUAAUUGAAGCUAUAUAUUCUAUAGAAAUAAUUUUCGAAAGGCGAGUGAAUUAAGGUUAUAAGUGUUUUAGAAUUUUGUAAUUUUUUAUUUUUAACGACUGCGGAAUGUUUUUCGAUAGUUAUUCGGUAGCUAGAAUAACGUUUGAGUAAGGAUUAGCACUGAGCAGAGAUGAAUGAAGCUCUCUAAAAAAUGGAAUUAUCUUCGAUAGACACGACUGACAUGAGUUUUAGCUUAUAUUACCUAAAAAUCGGGAGAAUAAUGAUUUUGAAAUUAGACAUCACGAUGGAAAUAUCUCUGCUUAACUAUGUACCUUUGAUGAAAUUACAAAUGGAUAAAAAAAAGUACCUUGGAUUAUUUUUACUGUAGUAAUACGUUUGUAUUAUGGACUAUGGUGGAAGAAAUUAUUGUAAAUAAUGUAUUCGCGUUAAUACGUAAGAAAUCUUUUUAUGGAGUAUGUUGUUUUGUAGAAAUAAUAUACCUAUGUAUACUGUUAUCACAUAAAAAGAUACGAUUUUCCUCCAUCAAGGAUAUUUUCGAAAAGUAUCUGAUCUGAUCAGUGAAAUGAAAUGAUUUUUUUAAUGAGUAAGGAAUCCUUAGUUCAAUUUCUAGUCCUUUAGGUAAUUGAAAAACUUCCUCAUUUUCAAACAUCAGAAGUUUUAACUCGAAGUUCUGAUCAUUUUUAUUAGUUAAUGUGUUUGUGAAUUUAAUUGUUCACGAACAAAUUAGUUUAAUUUAUUAUUCAAUAACCAAAAUGAAAUUUGAAAGAGAUGAUUCUCUUCAAAGUGAUCUCCUCUUCAAAUUAAUCCGAACAACUUUUCUAUUUAGCCUAUUGGUUUUUUCAAACCCCUAUUUUGCACUUUUCGGAAACCCUUGAUUGAGGAAGGUAGUAAAAUUGUUUAUAAAAAAAAAUGUGUAAAUUUCUGUUAGUUUUGUUGUAGUAUUUAUAGAUGAAAUAAAUUGUAAUCGUGUUGUUAA